UAGGAAUUGGGGAUGUUCCGGAGAUUUUCGAAGCUGUCUGGGGCUAGCGUGCGGGUGUGGAUGGUUGGUUGGUGCCUUGGAUGUGAGGUUUUGGACGUGAGGCUGCGGUAUAUGUUUCUCCGCGUGCGAGGCGGAUAUCAUGGGGACCUACUUUUGUCGACCUUUGGAUUCUUGGGACGGAUAAGACAAUUAUUGACGAAAUGACCAACCCACCGCCGAAUUUAGCAGAUAUCUUGCGUACACUCUCUGCACUCGCACCUCAAUCCCAGCAAGAGGGCCAGCAACCGGCUUCGAACCCUUCAAACCCCUACCACUUCUCCGCGCCGAUCCCUCAGCCUCGUCCGCAUUUCGAGGUCCCGUCACGGCCACAACCACCACCCGCUGCUGCGGCGGCGCCGAUACAGGAUGCGUCGAAGAUUACGGAUUGGCCGACUGCGUUGAGGUGUGUGAUGAGGAGUGUGGCUAGUAAUGAGAGGGUGGUGGGGGAGAUACGGAAGUUGAUACAAACGCAACACGAGCAUGAAACACAGUGGUGUGCUGGUCGGAGGGAGUUGGCAAUGAAAAUUGAGGCGAGGAAGGUUGGGCAGAAGAAGGUGGAUGAGGUGUUACGCGCAGUCGGAGGCCAGGUAACAGAGACUCCGACUUCCGACGGGACAGAGGAGCUACGAGCAUUCGAUGGGAAGGUAUACCGUGCACAAUGCCAGAUGGUGGGCGAGAUGGGUGGAAAACUCCAGAGGCUCGGCAUACCAUUUUUCGGGACAAGGGCAGAGUUGAUCAGGUACGAUGGGGGCGUGGAUGGUGCUGCAGACGACGAGGGUGUCGGGGGAGGGAUCACAGAGUCGGAGUUGCUGGCGAUGCAGAGGCGGAUGUUGGGGAUUUUAGAGGACUUGUGUGCUACGUAGUUUAUUGGGAUACAUAUCACAAUCACAAGAAGGCACGAUGAAGAAGAAGAUUUUGACAGAUGAUGACUGUAAAUGCAUGAAUUCAACG